AUAUCAUCUUCUUCACCUAAACAUUUACAAGAAUUGAAAAAGGAACAAAUAUUUAUUCUUCUGAUUGCGAUAAAUGACGAUGUAUCGAAAAUUUAUUACAUGCAUAUCAGUGAUACAUGUGCGCGUGCACUGCUCUUUGCAUGAUUAUUAAAUUGAAUGUGAACAAAUUUUAGGAUCAUUUCAUAAAUCUUCAUACAAUUUAAUAUAAUAUAUUAAUAAUGUCUUCAUAUGAUGACAAUUAUGAAAAGGAACAUCCACGAAAUUUAAUUCCUGAAUUAUGUAGACAAUUUUAUAAUCUAGGUUGGGUUACUGGAACAGGUGGCGGUAUAUCUAUUAAACAUGAAGACAGAAUUUAUAUUGCCCCAUCGGGUGUCCAAAAAGAACGAAUCCUACCAAAUGAAAUGUUUGUACAGACUAUUGAUGGAAAAGAUUUAGAACUACCUCCAGCAGAAAAGAAAUUAAAGAAAUCACAAUGUACUCCAUUAUUUAUGUGUGCAUAUAUAAGAAGAAAUGCUGGUGCUGUAAUUCAUACUCAUUCUAAAUUUGCUGUGAUGGUUACGUUACAUUGGCCUGGGAAAGAGUUUCGUGUUACUCAUCUUGAAAUGAUAAAGGGCAUUAGAAAUCAGAAAUUGAGGAGGGCUUAUCGAUAUGAUGAAGAACUUGUAGUGCCAAUAAUAGAAAAUACUCCAUUUGAAGAAGACUUAAGAGAUGAACUAGAUAAAACUAUUGUUGCUUAUCCAGAAACUUGUGCUGUCUUGGUAAGGAGACAUGGUGUUUAUGUUUGGGGUGAUUCAUGGCAGCAAGCUAAAACUAUGACGGAAUGUUUUGAUUAUUUAUUUGAUAUAGCAUUACAAAUGAAACAAAGUGGAUUAGAUCCACUUGCAACUCCAGAUGAUUACGAAUUAAAAUACCAAAAAAAUGGAUUAGUGAACUAGAGUACAAUCCUUAUUCUAUAUUUUUAUAAGCUGUAAUAAGUUACUAUGAUCGUGUAUUUUACAAAAAAAAUUGAUGUA